AUGCCAGAAUACCUCAACGACGUGCCUCUAGUGAUAUACUAUGCACCAAACCAGGAGAAGUUCGAGCAGGCAGUGAAAUUCUACGAGGAAGUGCUCGAGUUCGAGGCAGUGGGCAGCCCAGAACAAGGAACAGUGCUCUUGAGUUCGAACCCAAGCUCGCCAGCAGAGGCUGCGAACAUCCGGCUGAUCCUUGAUGGCAGCAAGGCUGCACCAGAGGAGGAGAUCGAAAAGGCAGCGGAGAACUUCGGAAGCCACAAGCAGAAGCGGGACUUCCGGACGUUGCAGUCGUCGGUGUGCUUCCAGACGCCUGACCUCGACGGGUUGACGGAGAAGUUGAAGGCGGCCGGCUGGGAGUACCAGGUGCGGCCAUCUGAGCUGGAUCCAUUCGAGGUGUACGUGGUGGACCCAUUGGGCACGUUGGUGGGCUUCUCGGGCAUGAAGAAUGCAUUCGGGGCCAGUGAACGGACGCGGUUCAACCCGGAGGACGGGGCCAAGUCGUACGGGUUUGCCACGAGUGGCGAGGCCACGCCUUUGAACGCGAUUUCGGGGGCAACUUUGAAUCCAGUGCAGAGAAGAAGAAACAUCGCGGUGAUGACUUCAGGGGGAGAUGCACCCGGUAUGAACGCAAACGUCCGGGCCAUCGUGCGGACGGCGAUCUUCAAAGGGUGCCGUGCGUUUGGAAUCUACGAGGGAUACAGCGGGCUCGUGAAGGGUGGCCCGGAAUACAUCAAGGAGAUGAACUGGCACACGGUGAGAGACUGGCUUGCAGAGGGGGGCACGAACAUCGGCACGGCCCGGUGCAUGGAGUUCAAGGAGAAGUGGGGCCGACUCCGGGCCUGCAAGAACAUGAUCGAUGCCGGAAUCGACGCGUUGAUCGUCUGUGGUGGAGACGGGUCGCUUACGGGGGCAGACCGGUUCCGUGGCGAGUGGCCAGAGCUUAUUAGCGAGCUCUUGCACAAGCAGGAAAUUACGCAGGACCAGUACGACCGCUACAAGCACUUGAACAUCUGCGGUACCGUGGGGUCGAUCGACAACGACAUGGCGACGACCGACGCGACGAUCGGUGCAUACUCGUCCUUGGCCCGGAUUUGCGAGGCCGUCGACUACAUCAAUGCCACGGCCAACUCGCACCAGCGGGCUUUUGUGGUUGAAGUGAUGGGCCGGCACUGUGGCUGGUUGGCCCUCAUGGCUGGAAUUGCCACCGCUGCCGACUGGAUCUUCAUUCCAGAAAAACCAUCAUCAAGAAGCGAGUGGUCUUCGCACAUGUGCGAGAUUGUGGCCAAGCACCGGGCCAGGGGUAAGCGGACGACGAUCGUGAUCGUGGCAGAGGGGGCAAUCGACGCGUCGCUCAACCCGAUCACGCCGGACGACGUCAAGGACGUGCUUGUGGACAAGUUGGGGCUCGACACGCGUGUCACGACGUUGGGUCACGUGCAGCGUGGAGGUCCUGCAGUGGCGUACGACCGUGAGUUGGCCACGUUACAAGGAGUUGCUGCCGUUGAGGCCAUUUUGGACGGAACUCCGGAGACACCAUCUCCAAUGAUUGCGAUUGCCGAGAACAAGAUCGUCCGGAGGCCGUUGAUGGAGGCAGUGAAGUUGACGAAGUCGGUGGCCCAGGCCAUUGCCGACAAGGACUUUGCCAAGGCCAUCAGCUUGAGAGACACCGAGUUCACGGAGCACUUGAAGAACUUCAUGGCAAUGAACUCGGCUGAUUUUGGCGAGCCCUCGUUGCCUGCAUCACAGAGAAAGAGGUUCGCCAUCAUAAAUGUGGGAGCCCCAGCCGGAGGUAUGAACUCCGCCGUGUACUCGUUUGCAACGUACUGCAUGUCGCGGGGUCACGUUCCAUAUGCGAUCCACAACGGGUUCUCCGGUUUGGCCCGGCACGAUUCGGUCAGAUCGCUCAACUGGCUCGAUAUCCAGGGCUUGCUCACCACAGGAGGCUCCGAGAUCGGCACAAACCGGACCACGCCCGAGGAGGCAGAUCUGGGCAUGAUUGCGUACUACUUCGACAAGUACUCGUUUGACGGGUUGAUCCUCGUGGGUGGAUUCGAGGCGUUCACUGCCUUGAGCCAGCUCGAGCGGGCCAGAGCCCACUAUCCGGCAUUCCGCAUCCCAAUGGUGCUUGUUCCGGCCACACUCUCCAACAACGUGCCGGGAACUCAGUACUCCUUGGGCUCAGACACCUGCCUCAACUCCCUGGUCGACUACUGCGAUGCCAUCAAGCAGUCUGCAGCUGCUACCAGGAAGAGAUGCUUCGUGGUCGAGUGCAUGGGUGGAAACUGCGGCUACAUCUCCACUUACACGCAGUUGACCACCGGUGCAGUCGCCUCAUAUUCGCCCGAGGAUGGUAUCCCAAUCGAGCAGUUCGAGCAGGACAUCGACACACUAAAGACCUCGUUCAACAACGACAAGGGCAAGGAGAAGUCCGGUCGGCUCCUCAUCAAGUCUGCCAGGGCCUCCGACGUCAUGUCUGCCAAGGUCAUGGCCCAGAUCAUCACCUCCGAGGCCCACGGCCGCUUCGAUGCUCGUACCGCCGUCCCUGGCCACAUCCAACAGGGUGGUGUUCCUUCCCCAAUCGACAGAACUCGUGCUGCCCGGUUCGCAAUUCGGGCCGUCACCUUCUUGGAAGACCACUACGACGAGAUAGCCUCGUCCCAGGAUCAGCUUGGUGAGUUCAUCGAGUCGCCAACUGCCUCCAACACUGCCUGCGUGCUGGGUAUCCAGUCUUCGCAUGUCAAGUUCGAGUCUAUCAGAAAGCUCUAUGACUACGAGUCCGAAUCGGGCAAGCGGUCCAGGAAGCGUAUCUUCUGGAAGGACAUUCGCGAGAUAGCCGACAUGUUGAGUGGCAGGGUCGUUGUCUAG